GACGUAAACAUUGUCUUAAAAAUUUAAUUAAAGUUAUCUAUCAUUUAAAGGAUACUAUUAAUAAAAAUUCUAGUUACAACAGCAAUAACGUGCACACUUUACUGCGUCAUUUAUUUAAAUUUUUUUUUAAUUUAAGACAAUUGAGUGAGUAUGUGCAUCGUUAAUCGAAACUACUUGGGCACUUAUGGGUAAUGAAUGUAUUUAUCUGCAAUGGUAACUCCUGCAAAAGUAAAUUUCUUCGCGCCCCAAAUGGCCAUCAUGGUGGAUCUACUAUUCAUCGCCAGUACAAAAAAAACUCUGCCUUCAAAAUUUUUGAAUCGUCAUAUCACUCGCCACAAACCGCUAUUUGAUAUCCAUUUCAUUUGGCUUGAAUUCAAUUUGUAGUAUACGAAACAUCCCUGCUUUUAAAUCACUUUUAUCAAACUUUAGAUAAUUGUUUUUAUUUUAAGAUAUUAAUUCUUGAUUGUUGAGUUUCUUCUAUAGUUUUUUUUGAUAUUUAAUAAAUCGAACAACUUUUCAAUUUUCCUAUUCAAAAUUGUAAAUUUAAAAAAUCGUCAAAAAAAAAUAUUAUGGAAAUGUCGUCAUAGAUUGGCAUAUACUUUGAUCUAGUUUCGUAGAAUUAGAGUACUUGUUAUUGACCAUAUCCCGGUUUUUGGGUAGGCGCCGGGCUAUUAUAGGUGUUAUUGUUUCACAGAUGCAUUAUAAUUUCGUUUUAUUUGUCCGUUAAUUUAUUGAAUAUAUCGUUUAAGCACCAUCACUAGCACGAUAGGAAAAACAUACGGUAGAAAAAAUUACUCAUUAUUUUCAAAUAUUAAUACUUAGCUUAGUAGCAUUAAAAACGACAAUAGUUUUGGAGCUUUAGUUUAAAUAAAUAUGGAAAUAACUCUAGCGCUUAUAAAACCUCACGUUAUGCGUAACACAAUAGCUUUUGCAGCGAUAAAGCAAUUGAUAAAGGAUAAUUUCACUAUUUUGGAUUCCAAAGAGGUGUACAUCACUAAAGGAUUAUCGGAAUUGUUUUAUGCAGAGCAUAAAGGGAAAUUUUUCUACAAUCGUUUAACAACAUUCAUGGCAAGUGGCCCAUGUUAUGCUUUAAUUUUGCAAUCUAAAGACUGUAUAGCGAAAUGGCGUGCUUUAAUGGGCCCCACUAAGGUCUUUAAAGCUGUUCAUGCACACCCCGGUUGUAUACGAGCACUUUACGGUCUCUCCGACACUCGAAAUGCCUGUCAUGGUUCAGACAGUAAAACUGCAGCAUUAAAAGAAAUCGCGAUAUUAUUUCCGGAUUUCAUAAGAGAUAAUGUUUCCGAGAACAGCUGAUAGCAAAGAAAUGAACUUGUUUUCUUGUAGUCGUCUUCCGCUUGGGAUUAUAUUAACGUAAUACGUCACUUUCAAUGUCAUCAAAUACUCAUGCUUUAAUCAACGGAAGAUUGAAAGGCGAUAUUAUUUCUUCAUGGCGUUUUGACAUGAUACCGUUACUAAGGCCAUUGCUAAGCGUCCAUUAAAUGUGUUAGGAAAAAAUCUCUUUUGCUACAUAACACAAUAGAUUGUUACGUGACAAAAUUGUCGAUUUUACAAAAAGUGACAUUUCAAAAAUCGCGAUGAAUAAUUUUUUUUAAACAAGGUACUGAAAACAAGUACAAAAGUUCUAUUCGUUCUGAAGUGAAUUUCGGUCUCCUAAAAUCUUAGACCAGUAAAAAAGGU